AUUGUUGUAUUUUCCUUGCUUCAUUCAUUUUGCUCUCUCUCUCUCUCUGUCAGGUUUCUGCUGCAGUUGUCAGAGGUUCCUCAAUUCUCAGAGCGGGUUUUCUGUAUUCUCUUCCAGUCCACCUUCACAGAAUGUAUUACAUCAGUUCAGCGCAAGCUUGAAACACUGCUGAGAGUCUGCACGGCUCUCCAAUCAAGUCAAGCCGUUCUGCAGGUUCUAGGUUUGGUUCUAGCAUUUGGGAACAUUAUGAACGGGGGCAACCGGAGCAGAGGACAGGCAGACGGAUUUUCCCUAGACAUCCUACCCAAGUUAAAAGAUGUCAAGAGCAGUGAUAACUCUCAGAGCCUCCUGUCCUACAUAGUUGCUUACUAUCUGCGACACUUUGAUGAGGAUGCAGGUAAGGAAACAUGCGUGUACCCGCUUCCAGAGCCUCCGGAUCUUUUUCAUUCGUCGCAGAUGAAGUUUGAGGAUUUUCAACGUGACCUGCGCAAGCUACGGAAAGAUCUGAAUGCCUGUUCAACAGAAAAAGAAAAGGUGUGCAAUAUCUCAUCUGAGGAGCACCUGCAGCCCUUUAAGGACAAAAUGGAAGAAUUUCUCACUAGAGCCAAAGCAGAGCUGGAGCUCCAGGAAAAACAGCUCGCUGACACGCAGAGGAU